AUGGCUUAGGAAAUAUUUCAUAAGAAAUGGCUACAAAAUUUGGGGUAUUAUUCAUUAAAAUUGUUCCCAUACAAAUUCUUGUUUAAUUAUAAGCUUGUGAAGAAUCAUUAUGAUAAAUUUAAAGGAGAAGGCGAAUAUUUGAAUUAAUUUCUCAGUAUCCCUUUUAGAUUGACUCAUGAAAGGUUUUUAGGGGAGGUCCUUUAAAAAGAGUUGGAACGAUUUGAGGAACAAAAUUUGGAGAUAAAGAUCAGGAAAAUUAGAGCGAUAAAUGUGAUUACAUAUUUUAUUGGAAUAGGAACUUAUAGAUCACCACUUGUAGUUUCGAUGGCGGUGUCAAAGUUCUAAUUUAUUAAUUAUUAUUUUCGAGAAUAUUAUGGAGACAAGAAUCGAAUAAUUUUGUCAUUCUUAUUUAAGAUAAUUCAUUCAUUAGGUUUGGCUAAUGAAUUCUUAGAGAAAGUUGAAAAAAAGAAGGAUUUAAAAUUAGUUAUAUUUAUUUUGAAUGAGUAUAUGGUUCGAUAGAUGAAUGACUACACGAGAAGAUUAGGAAAUAAGGAAGCACAAAUAAUUUAAAGGAUUGGCAGUCAAUGGAAGGACAAUGUACAAAUAAAUUGGAUGUUGUAUAAGUUAUAUAUAGAUCAAGAUUUAAUGUGAUUAU